AUGUCGCGCGCAACGCAAUCGGCCAUCAUCUGGCCGGAGAAGUACCUUCCAGGCACCACCGAUAAUUUUGUCAGCAACGAGAUCUUUGCAAGAGGAAUUACAGCAAAACAGAUCUGGGAACAAUUGGCUGACGUUUCAAAAUGGCCAUCUUAUUACUACAACUGCGAGAAAAUUGUGCCUCCAUCCUCAGGACCAAUACUGAAGAAAGGCGACACGUUUAAAUUUUCCACCUUUGGCUUCCCAGUCUUGACCUGCCCAGUGGAAGAAUGCGGACCACCAUUCAUCGACGAAUCUGUCAAUCCAACCUCGAGAGAGGCCGGUCGCAUAGCAUGGUCAGCAGUACUCGAUGGUAGCAGAGACGAAAAGGUUGAGGUCUAUCAUGCAUGGCUUGUCGAAGACCUUGACGGUGAAAGAGUUAGAAUCUUGACGCAGGAAAGCCAAUGCGGAGUGCCAGCCGCGCAGCUGGCAAGCGCGAAACCUAAUAAAAUGCUACUAGGUCACCAGGACUGGCUUGAGGGGCUCGUCAGGGCUGCGAAAGGAGAGGGAAAGGCUAAGGAGACGGAGACGAAUUUGGGAAGCUACAGGACCAUUUAG